AUGGCAACUGUUACGGAACCUAUUUGUGCCAACAAAAGCGUCGAUGGAAUUAGCAUUGACCCUGAGCCUAAUGGAACCUUCGAUAGAUUGGUCUGUGAGAUCGAGUCUUUUGAAAAGAAGCUCAAAGCCUUUUCAAAGCUUCUCCAGUCAUGUCCUGAGAUGGACAGUGAUCAUGAAGAAGAAGAUCAUAGUCAUAUAUGUACCUGUGAUGAGCUAUACUUGAAUGAUGAGUCUGAUGAUGAGUUUAACCAAGAACUUGAUCAGUUUAUGAUGAAUUCGAUGGGUCUGGCUGAGAGUUUCCUAUAUGAUGUGAUCAACAACCCCAAAACCGAAGUUAAGGAAGAUAUUAUGAAUCUAGUUUCAGUUUUUGAAACGGACAUAAUCAAUGAGAUUGAAUCGCCUCGCUCCGCAAUAUCCCGUGUCGAAAGGUACAGCCAAAGUCGUAGAGAAGUUGAACAAGAGCUUGCACGAGAGAAGGCUGCGAUAAAGAGAGUUAGUGUUGUUGGUAGUUCAGCUACAAGAUCGAAAGUUCAAAACUGCAGAAAGGCCUUUGACAUUGGAGAAGCAAAGGUUAGAAGCAAUGAAGUUAGAUGA